UAUUACUUGCUGAUUUGACUGGAACCGGUACAGACUUUAAAAUAAAGCUGCAGUGACUCGAGGACUGAAAGAAGAAACUUAAACAGAGGACCAAAAACUAAAGACACUGAGGAAACUUGUUUGGCAGGAUUUCUGUUUUGUUUGCAGGGUGAGACUUGAUCUUUGAACUGAUUUCUUUUGAGAAACUACUUUGCUCUGCGCUCGCAGGUUAGAAAUUCAUUUUGUUUUCUAGCUUGCGACUCAUAUUUACUCCUUCCCAGGCAACUUUUUUGACUGUUGAAAUGGGAAAUGUCACUGCAACUUACAAAUGUGACAAUGACCGUGAGCUUCCACACAAGGAACUGUAUAAGUUCUAUGCAGCUGUCAUGAUUAUAAUUUUCAUCUUGGCUUUGCCUCUGAAUGCAUCCGUCCUCCACCUCUUCAUAUUCAAGCUCAAGUUCUGGAAAUCCAAAUCAAAUCACUUCUUCCUCUUUAACCUGGUGUUGGCCGACAUCCUCCUGCUGAUCUGCAUGCCUGUAAAGGUGCACAACUUCAUCCAGGAACAAAGAUAUACACAUAUGAUCAUCUCCAAAGCCGUGCUUUUCACGCUGUUUUUAAACCGCGGAGCCAGCAUCGCCUUCCUAACAGUGAUUUCCAUUGAUCGGUAUUUUAAGGUGGUGCACCCUGGUCAAAAAGGUAUCCUAAAAAUGCUCAAGAAAGCGCCACAGAUCUCGAUCAUGAUCUGGGUGCUGCUUCUGCCUCUCACCAUCCCCUCGAUGCUGAAAAGUAUUCACUGCAGCAGCCUCGAUUCAGAAAGAUAUACCCUGAUCACGGAUGUGGUGGACGGCAUACGAGAGACGGUCAUCUUUACUCAGAUCUUUAUCCCCUUUUUCAUCCUGGUCUACUGCACUGCGUGCAUCGUCAAGCGACUCAAGACAAAAACAGUCGGGGAUGAGAAAAAGCUGAAAAGAGCGGUCUUUGUGGUCAUUACUGUCAUGGUGGUCUUCUCGUUCUGCUUUCUCCCCGGCGCCAUAGCGAGGAUGGUCUUGGUGAUCAUUCGGGUCCAGGAGAAGUCUGAUACCAUCCAGGACAAAGCUGGAGUGGCCUUUGAUGGCUUCAUGGUCCUUUCCUACAUCGACUGCCUGCUCGAUCCGCUGGUCUACUGCUUCUGUAGCAGCAAGUUUAAAGCGCUCUAUCUCUCCAGUUACUUCCCAUUUUUACUGAAAGGAGCUCCACAGGCAACAGACCCCUCAACAGGAACCCCACCACAGCCUGCACGCAGUACUGUCAUUUGAAGGUCAUGAAAACAGAGGAGGAAGAGUUUCUCUCUGUGGUGACACCAUAUCAAAAACACAGCAUACCACCUGAAAAUGAAGAUUCACCAAAAACACACUUACUUCAUGAAAGGGGACUAUGAGGUUAAAGUGCACUGUGGAGAUAAGGCAUAUAAGUAUUUGUCUACUUUCUCAAGAUUUUUAAAACAUGCGGAAAUACAAACACACAUGUUUAUGAGCCCUGUAGCUAUAUCACAACAGUGAUGGCAGAAAUGUUUCUUUCAUUAUCACUGUUUACAAUGUGGGUUAAAAUUACUGUAGAAAAUUGCCGGGAUCGUUUCUUGUAAACUGAUUUAUGAGUCACAAUAAACCGUACCUUGUUAUGUUGAGAGCACCUCGAUGAUACCAGUUUGACAGCCCAGCUCGUCUUACUGAAGAGUAAAAUUUCCCUGAAUAACUCUUACUGUGUAAAUCAUGAAUCAUGCCUCCUGGCAGACACUAAAAUGGGUCACCCCGGGGUGAUCUCAUUCACCUUAAUGACAUCAUCAAUAGCUAUAAUGCAGUGAGAAAGGACAUGGCCUUCGAUCACUGUCUGGCUAUAAACAGGUACCUUACUCAUUCAAGUAAUCAGUCAGAUUGAGUCUGCUCAGUCUGUGUUUGUGGUUUCAUCUGUAAUUUCGAUCAUCGGGGGGUUAAAGGUGAAUCACUGUAUGUAUUCAGGGCAUUUGAAGCAUUGUUUGAACUGCUGAAUCUCACCUAAAAACGAUGGUUAUUUUUUCUUUCUGGUGGAUUUUCUCGUUUGCUGUUGAAAUACUUUUGUAUACAGAGGGGAAAAAAAAAACACUGUAAAGGUUCCUGUCAGCCCACCUAUCAAUACAGCAUGGUCUCUUUUUGUAGUAUUAUUUAUAGCCUACUCUUAAUUUAUUAAUGCAAAUAAUUUUGGAUAUAUAUAUAUAUA